AUGGAAACGUUUAAUAAACUUCAGGAAAAUAAUAAAGAACUUAUCUCUAAAGGUAAAAUCAACUUUAGGAAAUCACCUAAAGAUCGUAUUUCAGUCUCAUAUGUUGAAACGCGUUUAGAAGCUUUAGAGAAUCAGUGGCAAUCGUUUUGUGACAUACAUCGGCAGAUAAUUACAGAGAUUGGUAAGAAUGAGUUAGAAACUUCUAGUUAUUAUAAGAAUUCAAUUUAUGACCAAACCGAAAAUUUAUACUUUGAUUAUAAAACAGAAUUAAAAGAUGUUUUAAAUACAUUAAAAACUAAAGUUAAGUCUGUAGCAGAAACUUCAGUGGUAUCGAACAUUAAAGAUACAUCUAAUUGUUUUGUAAAAUUACCAGAGAUUAGCAUACCGAAAUUUUCGGGAAAGUAUUCAGAGUGGACAAGUUUUAAAGAUCUGUUCACAUCAUUGAUUCACAAUAAUAUUAAAUUAGAUAAUGUUCAGAAACUGCAUUAUCUCAAAGGUCAUUUGUCGGGAGAGGCGGAGCAGCUUUUAAGACAUGUUCCUAUUACUGAAAAGAAUUAUAAUGUUUGCUGGACUCAGUUAACUAAUCGUUAUGAUAACAAAAAAUAUUUAUCUAAUAAUAUUCUGAGACGUUUCAUGAGCCAGAAGUAUUUGCAAUAUGAAUCGUCGAAUGCCAUUAAGGAGUUAUUAGAUAAUAUGAACGAAUGUUUAAGCGCGCUACAGAACAUAGGUGUUGACGUCAGUAAUUGGGAUAUCAUUGUUAUUUAUAUAUUGAGUCAAAAGCUUGAUCCUGAGUCCAGAAAGCAAUGGGAAUUAAAGUCAAAUGAAAUUGAAGGGUUGCCCACUUUGACUGCUUUUAGGGAGUUUCUAGAACAUAAAUUUAGGUCAUUAGAGUUUUUAGACACUAAGCAUAUUAUUUCUAAACCUUGUAACGCACGAAAGGCUAUUAAUGUCGCUCAAGUAGAAAGUUCAAAUAAUGCUAACUUUAAUAAUACCAAUUUAAAUUGUCAGUAUUGUAAGGCCAAUCAUAAAUUAAUAAAUUGUAAAGAUUUUGCUAAGGCUGAUUAUGAAGCACGACAUAGUUUUAUCCAGACCAGUCGUUUGUGUUUUAACUGUUUCAGCCCGAACCAUUCCAUUUACUCAUGCCGCAAAACCACUAGAUGUAGAGUAUGUAAACGGAAGCAUCAUUCGCUGCUGCACCCUCCAAAUGUAGUGCAGAGCAUGGAGAGUGCCGAGUCCAAAGAUAAAGGUGUAGUAGUUUCUUCAGCAACCACAUCACAAGGAGUAACUAAAGUAGAUACCUGUUAUUCAAAUAGUUGUAACCAAGUCCUCCUGGCUACAGCUAUUGUGGAAGUGGAGUCUCGAACGGGUAGUAUUGGUCUAAUUUAUAGAUGUUUGUUGGAUCAAGGCUCACAGGCUUCGUUUAUCACGGAGUCGGCUGUCCAAGCCCUUGGACUGAAGAAAAUUCCCAACAAGGUUCACAUUUCUGGAAUCGGAUGUAGAAAUGAGUCUUUAGCAUCUAUGUCAGUAGUUGAAAUCAAACUAAAGUCAAUUCAUAAUCCGCAAUUCACUUUGGUCGUCAAGGCCCAUGUGCUAAGCAAACUGACAUCUUUUCUUCCCUCAAAGAAAGUAAAUGUUCAGUUGUGGCCCGAACUAACAAGCUUGAAGUUAGCUGACCCGAAGUUUGACGUACCAAAUAAAAUAGACUUGUUACUUGGCGCAGAAGUGUAUGGUCAGAUUUUAGUUAAAGGUCUUAUCAAGGGUCCUCCCGGGUGUCCCGUAGCCCAGAACACCCAGCUGGGAUGGAUCUUGUCUGGUCAAAUCCACUCAGGUCAAAGUCAAAGUUCAGAGUCGUGCCAAGGAAAUACUAUUGUUGUCAGCAUGCACACCCAGUGCAAUGACAAUGAUCUUUUGAGAAAGUUCUGGGAAUUAGAGGAUGUUCCAAUUAAGAAGAAAAUGCUCACUGAAGAUGAGCAGAAAUGUGAGGAGAUUUUUUAUAAUACAGUGACCAGAGAUGAAUGCGGACGAUAUAUUGUGAAGCUUCCCUUUCGCGACGUCAACCCAGUCUGUAAAAAGGGAAAUUUUAGAGAAAUUGCAACUAAGAGACUGUAUCAACUAGAAAAGAGAUUAUCAAAAAAUACAGAAUUUAAAGAACAAUAUGCACAAGUAAUAAACGAGUACUUACAUCUUAAUCACAUGGAGUUAGUUCCUGAAAAACAGCGCGAUAAAUCAGAUGUUGUGUAUUUGCCACACCAUGCCGUAGUACGUAAUGAUAAGGUAACAUCUAAGGUUAGAGUAGUCUUUGAUGCAUCCUGCUUUGGAACUAAUGGUGUAAGUCUAAACAAUGAUCUGUUAGUUGGCCCGUCUCUUCAAAAUACUUUGAGGCAUAUCGUUAUGCGAUGGCGCAAACAUCCUAUUUGUUUGGUAGCAGACAUCGUUAAGAUGUAUCGACAGGUGAAGGUAAACCUGGAGGAUGCAGAUGAGUUCCAGCGUAUCUUGUGGCGCGAUGAAUCUGGAACAAUACAACAUUACAGAAUGUUACGUGUUACUUUCGGAAUUGCGUCUGCACCUUACCUUGCCGUUAGAGUUCUGCAGCAAGUAGCCUACGAUGAAGGUGUAAAUCAUCCUGCUGCUGUGGAGAAAAUUAUAAAUGAUUUUUACAUGGACGAUCUUAUGACUGGUUGCCAAACGGUCGAAGAAUGCCUGAAAAUAAAAAAUGAAAUUAGUAGCAUAUUGGGUAAGGGAGGAUUUCAAUUGCAAAAAUGGGCAAGCAAUAGUAAGGAGGUUAUGGAAAAAAUAGGACAGAGAAAGGAAGAGAAGGAGUCUAGGAUUAAAAUAGGGGCAGGAAAGGAAUCAGAGGCUAUUCAGAAAGUGUUAGGACUUACCUGGAAUAGUAGCACAGACGAAAUUGAAUACAGUGUCCAAUUACCACAGUUAGAAUUUCCAGUAACAAAGAGGAAAGUAAUUUCGGAUAUUUCGCGUUUGUUCGAUCCUUUAGGGUGGAUAGCCCCGACUAUUAUUACUUCUAAAAUCUUUAUUCAAAAACUUUGGAUAUCAGGUAUAGAUUGGGAUCACGAACUUCCACCUCAUUUGUUACAAGAAUGGCUUACUUACCGGUCAGAUCUUGCAAAACUUAACAAUUUCCGCAUUCCUCGAUGGAUGCACACAAAUGUUGAUGAUAAAGAAGUAGAGCUGCAUGGAUUCAAUUAUCCUAAAUAUGCUCAAUUGGAUUUAAGUCGGGGCUGCGAGCUGGCCACUGCAAUUUUUGAAUACCAACCUCUUGAAGGUACUCAUUUACGAUAUGAGCGACAUUCCGUGCCGCUGAGUGUAGAUAAGAAUAAUGAAGUGCAUGUGAAUCUUGUCACAUCCAAGACCAAGGUUUCUCCAAUUAAACAAGUCUCCAUCCCUCGCUUGGAGCUCUGCGGAGCUCAGCUUCUUGCCAAGCUCAUUUUGGAGGUUUCGGAGAUAUUGGUGAUUCCUAAAGAAAAAAUUCACGCUUGGACAGACUCUUCCGUGGUACUUGCGUGGCUCAGUAGUCAUCCAAGUAAAUGGAAAACAUUUGUUGCCAAUCGUACUUCGGAGAUCUUGACAAUUUUAGAUCGAAGUCAAUGGGCACACGUAAAAUCUAAAGACAACCCAGCUGAUUGUGCAUCAAGGGGUGUCAAAGAUUAUGAAAAUUUAAGCUUGUGGAAACAUGGUCCAUCUUGGCUAAGUGAAUUUACUAUCAACUACAGUCCACAAGAAGAAGGCCAAGAUACCAAACUGGAAGAAAGAGAUAAAAGACUUUGUCAUACGGUAAAUAGUAUUGAGUUAGAAGAAGAACUAUUUACAAGAUUCUCAACGCUCCGAAAAUUAAUUAGAACGAUCGUUUAUUUGAGACGUUAUUUUAAAUGGUUACAUUCCUCUCGUAAAAUUGUUUUUCCUAGUUAUCUUACAAGUCUAGAGUUAAACAAGGCAUUGGAAAAAUGUAUAAUUUACUUUCAGAAGAAGUUCUUUGCUUGUGACAUCGAGAGUAUUAUUAAAAUUAAAUCGGUAACUAAGAAGAGUAAACUUGUGUCUCUUAACCCUUUCAUAGAUAGUAAUGGUUUGUUAAGAGUUGGAGGACGUUUGCAGAAUGCUGAGUUAAGCGAUGACAUGAAACAUCCAAUUUUGAUUCCACGUAACUCGUAUUUAGCACAACUCAUUAUCGCAGAUGCACACGAAAGGACUCUUCAUGGAGGCCCACAGCUAAUGCUUAGUUUUAUUAGGACGAAGUACUGGAUCGUUGAUGCUAAGAAUUUGGUCAAGCUAUAUGUCAGAAAAUGCGUUACGUGUAUACGUCAUGCCCCUCCAUCAAAUCAACCCAUUAUGGGUCAGUUACCUGCGUCUCGAGUAACAGCAGACAGACCUUUUCGUCAGACCGGUGUAGAUUAUGCAGGACCCAUUGCAAUAAGAACCACAAAGGGUAGGGGUCAUCGCUCUACUAAAGGUUAUAUUUGCCUCUUUAUAUGUAUGGCUACUAAGGCUAUACAUCUUGAAGCUGUCAGUGAUAUGACAUCUGAAGGAUUUAUAGCCGCAUUUAAGCGUAUGGUGGCUAGGCGAGGUCACGUUUCAGAUUUGUGGAGCGAUAAUGGUUCUAAUUUUGUUGGAGCUGAAAAGGAAAUUAAAAAUUUGCUGUUGAAAGAGAGAUCGAGUGUAUCUGUGGAGAUAGCCAAUUGGCUUUCUGAUAACGGCACUACUUGGCAUCGUAUUCCACCUUACACUCCACACUUUGGUGGAUUAUGGGAAGCAGGCAUUAAAUCAACGAAGCACCACCUGAAAAGAGCGAUUGGGAACUCAACUCUGACGUUUGAGGAGUUGAGUACGGUUCUUUCCCAAAUUGAGGCAUGUCUUAAUUCAAGGCCAUUGACUACUUUAAGUGAUGAUGCACAGGAUCCGUUUCCACUUACACCCGGACAUUUUCUUGUGGGAGAACCUCUUCUACUUGUUCCAGGUGAUAAUUAUGAGAAGUCAACAAUAGCUAGUCUCCGAAGAUGGCAGUUGGUACAGCGAAUGACCCAAUACUUUUGGCGACGGUGGUCAAAUGAGUAUCUAUCUCAUUUCCUACACCGGUAUCGUUGGAAUCGUCACUCUCCUGAGCCAAAAAUCGGAGACGUAGCCUUAGUUAAAGAAGAAAAUCUUCCACCAGCCAGAUGGCUUUAUGGAAUAAUUGUUGACAAACAUACUGGUCAGGAUAAUGUUACGCGUGUUGUAAGUUUGAAAUGCAAAGGCAUUGUCAUCAAAAGACCUAUUUCAAACAUUUGUAUUUUACCAGUUAAUAAUUAA